AUGUCUGCACUCCGAAGGAAAUUUGGGGACGAUUACCAGGUAGUGACCACCUCGUCCAGCAGCUCGGGCUUGCAGCCCCAGGGGCCGGGCCAGGGCCCGCAGCAGCAGCUUGUGCCCAAGAAGAAGCGGCAGCGGUUCGUGGACAAGAACGGCCGGUGCAAUGUACAGCACGGCAACCUGGGCAGCGAGACGAGCCGCUACCUCUCGGACCUCUUCACCACGCUGGUGGACCUCAAGUGGCGCUGGAACCUCUUCAUCUUCAUCCUCACCUACACCGUGGCCUGGCUCUUCAUGGCGUCCAUGUGGUGGGUGAUCGCCUACUCCCGGGGCGACCUGAACAAAGCCCACGUCGGCAACUACACACCCUGCGUGGCCAAUGUCUAUAACUUCCCGUCAGCCUUCCUCUUCUUCAUCGAGACCGAGGCCACCAUCGGCUAUGGCUACCGAUACAUCACCGACAAGUGCCCCGAGGGCAUCAUCCUCUUCCUCUUUCAGUCCAUCCUCGGCUCCAUCGUGGACGCCUUCCUCAUAGGCUGUAUGUUCAUCAAGAUGUCCCAGCCCAAGAAGCGCGCUGAGACCCUCAUGUUUAGCGAGCACGCGGUGAUCUCCAUGAGGGACGGAAAACUCACGCUCAUGUUCCGGGUGGGCAACCUGCGCAACAGCCACAUGGUCUCCGCGCAGAUCCGCUGCAAGCUGCUCAAAUCUCGGCAGACACCUGAGGGUGAGUUCCUUCCCCUUGACCAACUUGAACUGGAUGUAGGUUUUAGUACAGGGGCAGAUCAACUUUUUCUUGUGUCCCCCCUCACAAUUUGCCACGUGAUCGAUGCCAAAAGCCCCUUUUAUGACCUAUCCCAGCGGAGCAUGCAAAGUGAACAGUUCGAGAUUGUCGUCAUCCUAGAAGGCAUUGUGGAAACAACUGGGAUGACUUGCCAAGCUCGAACAUCAUACACUGAAGAUGAAGUUCUUUGGGGUCAUCGUUUUUUUCCUGUAAUUUCUUUAGAAGAAGGAUUCUUUAAAGUUGAUUACUCCCAGUUCCAUGCAACAUUUGAAGUCCCCACCCCACCUUACAGUGUGAAAGAGCAGGAGGAAAUGCUUCUCAUGUCAUCCCCGUUAAUAGCACCAGCCAUAACUAACAGCAAAGAAAGACAUAAUUCUGUGGAAUGCUUAGAUGGACUAGACGACAUUACUACAAAACUUCCAUCUAAGCUUCAGAAAAUUACUGGAAGAGAAGACUUUCCCAAAAAACUCUUGAGAAUGAGUUCUACAACUUCAGAAAAAGCCUACAGCUUGGGAGAUUUACCCAUGAAACUUCAACGAAUAAGUUCAGUUCCUGGCAACUCAGAAGAAAAACUGGUAUCUAAAGCAACCAAGAUGUUAUCUGAUCCUAUGAGCCAGUCUGUGGCUGAUUUGCCACCAAAGCUUCAAAAGAUGGCUGGAGGAGUAGCUAGGAUGGAAGGGAAUCUUCCAGCCAAAUUAAGAAAAAUGAACUCUGAUCGCUUCACAUAG